AGGUUUCGUUUUCCACAGAAGUGGAGGAGCCGCUCACUGCUCCAACAGUACAUUAUUUCGGCGCAUUACUGCUUUGCACAUUAGUCAACCAGCUGGUGAAGAGACUUUGCCGAAGAUAGUAUCACCUGCCAAUAAUCAUAAAGUUUCGAUGAGUAGGAUUAUAUGAGUAGGAGGUUAAGGCAAUAGAAAAUGACAGAAUCAUUAAUGAUAAAACUUAUUUGCAGUAAUCAUGGGUCGAUGGAUUACGGAGAUCUGGUCGACAUUGGCUCUGGGCUUCUGGACGUAAAAGGCGUUAUUGACACAGUCAUUGGAAAUGAUCAGUUUUCCGUUGUUACGUUAAAUGGAAACAAACGAGUUGUCGCUAAGACUAAAGUAAGACUGUGUAAAGCCAGAGAAUGCACCGAUUGCCGGAAUUUACACCUGUGCAAAUUCUACCUUUUUGGAGACUGUAGGAACAGCAAGACGCGGCGAGGGUGCCGCUUCUGCCAUGAUAUAUACUCGGAGCACAACGCUACUGUCCUUCAAGACAAUAACCUGCACGAACUGGACAGGAGCGAGCUCUGCACUUUGCUCCUUCAGAACGACAGCACCCUUUUGCCUCCGGUGUGCUUCCAAUACAACAAAGGUGAUGGAGAGUACGGAAACUGCUCUGAACAGGAGAGCUGCAGGAGGAUUCACAUCUGCGACAGGUACCUCAGAGGCACCUGCACGUCACGGGCGGGCUGCCUCAGGUCACAUGACUUCUUCGAGCCCCAGCCACUGAAAACACUUCAGGAGAGAUGGGUGCCCAAUGAGAUGAUUGGCUCCAUGCUGUGCGUCUACCAGAACAUACAGGCAAUAAAGAUGAGUGACAACAGCACGAACAGGAAGCAGCAAACGCCCACAGGAAACGUGAACAGCAGCAGAAAAAACCAAGAAAAGACAGAGAUCUGUCUUUACUUUGUCAAGGGUACCUGCAAACAGGAAGACCGAUGCUGGAGAGAGCACUCCAGUAUGCCGUAUAAAUGGGAGAUCAGAACUGGAGACGGCUGGUCAGCGCUCCCAGACAACGAGGAGAUCGAGAGAGACUUCUGCGUCCCCGCCAAUGUGUGCAGCCGUGGGACCCCCCCGGUGCAUUUUGGUACCAUGACCCGUGGGUCGGCCCAGGUGAGGCGCCUCUCCACGGUCUCCUCCGUGCUUCAGCCCACCUUCGUCCUCACCACCAAAUGGGCCUGGUACUGGGAGGACGAGUACAACAACUGGAUCCAGUACGCGUCACUGGAGGGACAGCACAGGCUGUCCUCCAUCACUAGUGAGGAGCUGGAGGGGAAGUAUCUGGAGGACAGCAAUGCGGUGGUUGAGUUCUCGGCAGGGAAACAGGCCUACAGGCUCAGUUUCCAAGACAUGAUUCAGACAAACGAAAAAUACGGCACCCAAAGACGGGUGAAAAGACGACCCGUGUUUGUCUCUACGGCGGAUGCUCGGACAGCCAAGACAAGUUUCAGCAAAAACAGGCCAGUUCAUAAUUUCAAAGCAGUUCCUGGAUACUGGGACAAAUCCAUGUUGCCGGACACUGGAUACAAGAAAGUCACUUUGCUGGAUUCCUCAGAGGACUACAAGAAGAUCCUGGGUCUUUUCCAGAAGACGAUGAGGGGAUAUGGAAUACAAAGUGUCGAGAGAGUCCAGAACAGAACACUGUGGGAAGUCUUUCAGUGGCAAAAGGAUCUGAUGAGAAAAAAUAAUGGCGGUAGAAAUGUGUCGGAGAAACAGCUGUUCCACGGCACCGACUCCAAACACAUCGACGCCAUUUGCAAGCAGAACUUCGACUGGAGGAUCUGUGGAACGCACGGAACAGCCUAUGGGAGAGGAAGUUACUUUGCUAGGGAUGCAAAGUACUCCCACAGUUACACGGGCUCCUCUGGAAUGAAGACCAUGUUUGUUUGCCGAGUGUUGGUUGGCUGCUACACAAAAGGAGACUCCAGCUACCUCCGCCCACCCUCACGAGAUGGCGGCGACUCCGUGUUCUACGACAGCUGCGUGGACAACGUCCAUGAUCCCUCCAUUUUUGUUGUUUUUGAGAAGCACCAGGUUUACCCUGAGUACCUCAUAAAGUAUGAUGAAGAUAUGUGGUUUCCCUCCGCAUUAUCCACGGUAACUACGUCAUCUUUUGGGUAUAGCAGUGCCUUCUCUUCAACUAGCAACGUUUUAAUACCAACGCAAGCUCCGCCCCCAAUCAGUGCUGGUUCUGUGUAUGCAAAGCCCGUACAAGCUCCAUCCCCAGUCAGUGCCAGCUCUGUGAUCUCAAAGCCUGUACAAGCUCCAUCCCCAGUCAGUGCCAGCUCUGUGAUCUCAAAGCCUGUACCCGCUCCAUACCCAGUCAGUGCCAGCUCUGUGUACUCAAAGCCUGUACAAGCUCCAUCCCCAGUCAGUGCCAGCUCUGUGAUCUCAAAGCCUGUACAAGCUCCGCCCCCAAUCAGUGCCAGCUCUGUGAUCUCAAAGCCUGUACAAGCUCCGCCCCCAAUCAGUGCCAGCUCUGUGAUCUCAAAGCCUGUACAAGCUCCGCCCCCAACCAGUGCCAGCUCUGUGUACUCAAAGCCUGUACACGUUCCAUCCCCAGUCAGUGCCAGCUCUGUGAUCUCAAAGCCUGUACAAGCUCCAUCCCCAGUCAGUGCCAGCUCUGUGAUCUCAAAGCCUGUACAAGCUCCGCGCCCAAUCAGUGCCAGCUCUGUGUACUUCCCCCCCACUGUCAGUACGUCCUCUGUGAUAUCAAGACCGGCACCGGCACCGGCCCCGGUCCAUACCUCUUCUGUGAUCUCAAAGCCCAGGCAAGCCUCCAUUAGAGAGAAUAAUUCAGUUCAUUAUCAUACUGGAGACUGGACUGACAGGUUCUCAAAUAUGCCCUCAUACUCAACUUCAUCAACCUGGCCGGACCUAUCCUCUAGCAUAAGACCCGUUAGCCAACUGAACAGGUCCUCUCCCACUGGCAGUAGUUCUUUCUCCCAACAACGAAAGAAGAAUGACAAGGAUUGCACUAUCCUUUAAUUUCUCACGGCAGAUGACAGUACCCCCAAGAUUUUAUUGCAUUUGGAAUGGAGGUCAUGUGUAACUUUAAAAGUGAUGUGAAAAUACACCAAUCUAAAGCAUACUGUAAGAAUCCUUUAUCGACUAGAAUGGCAUGCUUCCAGCAAGUAAAUUAUAAAGGAACUUAUUUCUGAAACAGGCCAUUCUAUUGUGUAGCCUAAAUCCUUAGUUUAUAACUACUAAUCAAACAAGCAGUAAUCAAUUAUUUUUUGUGUUUUCUUUCCAAACUGUACAUCACUUUCCAGUGAAUGGCUAUCUUUGAUCUUUUAUGUGAAUACUUAUACUAAUAUUUUUAUCGUCCGCUACUGUCAAACAGUGUUAUUAGAGGACCCAGAUUUUUAAGCAGUGCUGAUUUUAAACCAUUUUUUAAUACCCGAUUUCCAUCAAAAUGCAUUUUAAAAAUCCCCUAUUUUCAGUUGGCUAUAAUUCAGAAUUUCCUGGCCUUUUCCCCAGUAUUUCCUUUAAAACUCCCUGUACCUUUUCUCUGAAAUUGAUCUAUGUGGUAAAUCUGGCAACCCGGACCCCACCUCUGCCAGUGGUCACCUGUGUGGUAAUCCUCUUUCCCGCCUUCACAUCCCCGGGCAACUCAGAUAGGACUGACACACCCGCUUCCACACACCCCACCAAAUCCCCUUUCUCUACCGGAUAUGCAUGACUUUUUGUUUUUCCGUUGUUGCCGUGCGACUCAGCGGUUGCCCCUAUUCCCCUGACGGCCGUCCCUGCGGGCAAGCUGAAAGUGCCUAGAAACCAAAACAAAGCCGCGUCUGUUUCUCCGGCGUCUUCAUGGUAUUCUGCGGAGCGGAGGGCUGAUCAAUAUGAAUGGCUCUUUGAAAUGAACCGUUUCCAUUAGGGCAUGACAAAUCAGCCAGGCGUUCCGCCGCCCCCCCCCCCCCUCCUGUGUACCGACUGAGUUAACCCAGGCUUCAGUUCAGCCUGUCUGCUUUAUCUCAGUAUCCUCUUUUUUUUUUUUUUUUUAAAAGAAAAAAAAAGCCAAAUGCCUUUCACAGUGCUGAAUGUUAUACUGUAACAUUUCCACAGCAAUGGCGACAGCAUUGUGAGAAAGUUUUGUGUAUGCCGGGAUAUGUCUGACAAUUUGAAAUUGUUAAAUCAAAAUCUCUUCACAAGAGGUCAAAUCGAGCAUAAACAUGUUAGUGGAGAGCAGGUGGUCCUUGUAAAACCCAAUUAAAUGCAAUACAGAGACGAUGCUGUUGUGCUGUAUACCUCAGCUCUGAGUGGUAGGCACACAAAUUUCUUUUGAUUUGAGAGAAUCAAACACUUAUUAACAAAACACUGUGACUGGUGCUUUAUUGCUGCAAUGAUAUGUACACAAUUGGUUUCUGUGUAUGUCAGUUAUUCAAGCAUAUCAAUUGAUGAGAUUUUAUUUAGAGAUUGAAUUGAAUUGUAUUGAACAUGCAUUAUGCACUUUUCGCUUUGGAUUAAAGCUUCUGCCAAAUAAAUGUAAUGAACAUUGGUCAUUGCUUUUUGUGACAUGAUUGAAGCUUUCUAAAUCUUCUGAUGUUUUGGAAAUUAAUAAAGUAUCCAAAAACACUUAAAA